AUGUUUGCAACCACUUGGGCCAUCCUCAGCGCUCUCGCUUACGUCGUGUCUUCGGAGACGGCGCCUCUUCAGCGAACGAAGCGACAGGAUGUUCAGGACGGAGGCGGUCACGUGAUUGACAGCAUCUUCAACAUCCCAAUCACGGCGAUCAGACAAACCGCAGCCGCGGCUCAGUCAUUCAGCCCGCAGAAUUCUCAGGCCAUUGACAGCGUCUUGAAGAUCCCAGUGUCGACUUUGGAGGCUGUGGGGACUCUGGUGAAGGCCACGUCCGACCAGAGACGUCUGAACGCUGACGAGCUGCAGCGGAUACGACAGGAGAAGAGGGACAGGAUAUUGGCUCAGAGAGAACGACAAAGGCUGCAGAGGGAGCAGCAGCAACAACAACGUUUGCAACAGCAACACGAUAAGAGGAAUAUUAAAAUUAAUAAGAAAAAUCCCUUUGGUCUGAACGCCCUGUCAGUGCUGGUCAGUAAUCAUGGCCUUUUAGGUAGCAUUCAGGGACCCUUCGGCGGUCACGGUGGUCACGGUGGUCACGGUGCUCACGGUGGUCACGGAAGUCAAGGUACUCAUGGAGGUCAGCCAGGUUCAGGUGGCUACGAGGUUCACGAGCAGGUAGAAGAGGACACGAAUUAUUCCUGGCACGGUGUCACUGCUGGAAUUGGCACGUACUAUGGCUCUCGACCAAGCAAUACCCGUAUCACCAUACAAAAUAAGAUCGCUCCGAGAGACGAGAUGCUGAACAGGUACCCCUACGACGACACGCGAAUACAGAACAAGAUCGCUCCGAACGUAAGAUUGGACUACGAAGACGAUCCUCCAUUGCAAAACAAAGUUGCGCCAAGGAACAACAGAGUAACGUUCCAAUCGUAG